UCAUAGAGCUUCACAUUAUGAUGUCGGCUACAAUGUUGCGUCAUCUGACAGUCAAAGAUUGCCAAUCACUAAAGCCCUUCAUAGGGCUAUUUGUUUAACGUUGCCAUGGCAUUUUAAUUAUUUAGUAGUUGCGUUUGACUCGUUGCGUCUGUGCGUUACCUGGAGACCGUCUACAAGAGUUGGCGAGGGACAGGUUAUGAAACACCGCUGCAGACACUCCAGGAUUUCCGCCAUUUCGAGAACUUUUGUCUUGUCCUCACAAGAAUGUACUCAAGAGAACGUGGUCGGAGAAUGCACUCGGAGCAUGAGAGUGUAGAGCACGGUAGUGCCAAGCCUGGGCUCAGGUACAGUGUGUCUGACUGGGACACCAGUAACAAGCAGAUAUCUGACACAGCAGAACACAGGCGACACAUGUCACACAUGACAAGGCAGGAAGGGAGGGCCUUACGCAAUGAGACAACCAGCAAGACUAACUGGGAUAAGAGUGAUAGCUCUCGCAGGCUGAGUGAUAGGAUCUGGGAUAUCUCCCGCUGGAGAGAGACUUUGGAAUCAUGCAUACAGGAAGUGGAGAAAGAGAUGGAUGCCUUAACCCUGGGGAAGGAGGAGACUGAGCGGGCUCUGACGGCCACUGCAGUGCCUCUAGAGGUCACGGUGGAGUGCCUGACCCUGAGGGAGGGUCGCCGCGGCAACGAGCUGGUCAGCGACCCAGUGGAGGCCCAGCUGAAGAAGGAAGUGGAGAUGAUCGACGGAGCACAGCGGGUGUUCCAGCAGGGCAUCGACAAGGCAUUCGAGCAGCUGUGUCUUCUUCAGGUGUCCCGGCAGCAGCUGACCCAUGACCUUCAGAACAAGAUUGAGGCCCAGGACAUUGACCUCUCCUGCUUGUCUAUCACUGUGACAUCACCUAAGAUCUCCCUGAAGCCCAACCCUCUGCGCAUACCCAUAGGUUCCACCACCCCCCAGCAGUGGGAGCAGUUCAGCCAGUACAACGUGGACCGAGCUCAGGAGGAGAUGCAGGCGUCACUGCAGCUGAGGGAGGACAUGAGUGUCACCAGGGUACAGUUGCAGAAUGAGCUGGAUGCUCAGCGAAUCGCCACAGUGUUUGCCAUCCGUAAACGCACUCACCACCUGGAGCAGGCCCGCAAUGAGACGCAGUGGCAGAUGAAGAGCUCCCAGGAUGAGAUCUCAGAUAUGGAGAGGGACAUCCGUAGUCUAGAGGACGAUCUCCAGGCUAAGAUGGCCCCACUAAAGCUGGUCCACACACGGCUGGAGAACAGGACCAAGAGGCCUGGAGUGGAUCUCUGUAGGGACGAGGUUCAGUAUGGGCUUGUGGAUGAAGCUAAUCAGCUGGAGGCCACCAUUCUGGCACUGAAACAGAAACUGGCCCAGGCUCAGUACGCCCUCCAGGCCCUCCAGCUGCACCAGGCCCAUAUGGAGGAAGAUCUGUCCCAUAAGAAGGACGCCCUCUUUCUAGAGCAGCGCAGCCUUGAGACACGCGGCCGCCUCGCCUCUGCUGCCUUCACUGACGUGUCCUCUGGCGCCGUGGUCCCCCUCACCAACUCCAGCGGGAGACACAACCUGGAGCUGGCCUAGGCUCACCACAUCAUCUCACACACAACCUUAGGGUUCUCUGACCGUAACCUUAUUUCCCUCAAUUUAUUAACCAUACCAUAAAUAUCCACAUUCGCAUCUCAAUUGUGUCUAUGUUUAUCUUUUAGGCCCUUGUGUUUUCUGUGCGUUUUACAGUGGUCAUAGUCUUACACCUAUCUUCUGUAAGUUCCAUUAUGUGUUAUCAAUUGAACAUUGUGUAUCAAAAAAGAUAGGCAUCAUAUUAAAACUGCAAUAUGUAACUUUUUGGGCGACCUGACCAGUUUCACAUAGAAAUAUGAGUUAUGUCAUUUUCUUUCAAAGCAAGUCUAAGAAGUAGUAGGUCUGUUCUAUGUGCCUUAUUUCUAUGCUUCCCGUUCUAAAUUUUUGUUUUUGUGUCUUUCGGUUUUGUUUCAAAACAGCUGAAAAUAAAAUAUUAUUGGUUAUUGAAAAUAUAUUAAAGUGGUUUAGAUGGAACAAUGA